AUAAGAGUUGAUCUGUGAGAAAUAUAACGACAACGCAGACAUGCAGUUACAAAUAUUGUGCCGGAAAACUCGUCUAUGACAAAUGGCAAAAUACUGUAAGGACAAAUUAGAUAUCAAAUUUCCAAAAACAUAGAGUAAUUCAGAACAGCAACAGCAAUCACUUAGCAGUAACAGUAAUUUUGAGCUGUAAAAUGACACAUAUGCACAUACAGGCGUAUGCACGUAUAAAAAUAGAGAAACAAACAAAACCAUAACUUGUUAGGACACAAAGAGUUGUUUACUCUUGGGCUUAUGUAAUAAACUGUUUUCAUCAUACACAUUACUGUAAGAGAUAUAGCAGACCACGUUUACUGAAAUUCCAAGCGACACUAUAUCUGAAAAUAUCAGAGUGGAAGAGAAAAUUAAGAAGAAUUAAGAUCAGACCCGAAUAAGGCAAGAAGAAAUAUCGGAAAAUAAGUCCAUUGUUGACUCUAGAAUUUCGUGCAGGUGACUUCGUAGUUAGCAAGAUGACAAGUUAUAUCCAUGAACCAAGUCGAAUACCAGCUGUUUGGCAAACGAUUCCUGAGAAACUAAGAUGCUUAGCGGAAGAGCAGCCAGACAAAUUAGCAUUUGUUGUAUAUAAAGAAAAACACGAUCGACAGCAAUUGACACGAAAAGAGGUGUAUGACGGUACUGUGAAGUUUGCAAAAGCUCUUGUUAAUUUAGGCGUUAAGAAAGGAGAUCACGUCGCUUUAUGUAUAUCCAACUGUGUAGACCUCAUAAUCUACGAUAUCGGAAUUAUUAUGGCCGGAGCAGUUUCAGUGAGGCUGAAUCUAAAUUCAGGAGAUUUUAAUGUCAUGUUUUCCGGAUGCAAAGCGGUAAUAUUUGACUCAAAAGAUUCAUUGGAUAAAUUUUGUACAAUUGCUCAAAUUUCCGAUAACGGUAAAGUAACUAGCGAAAUAUAUCCGGAAUUGAAGUUUGUCAUUAAUAUAUCCAACACAUAUUGCCCAUCUAACGUUCUAUCUGCCACAAAACUCAUGUUAAAUAUCAUAGACAGUGAGCAAGUUGACUUACCUAGUUUGGACCCAGAAGACGUCGCAUUUAUUUGCCAAACUUCCGGUACUACAGGCCGACCUAAAAAUAUCUAUCACACACAUUAUAACUGGUUGAAUUGCUCAGUAUAUAUCAUGAAUGCAAGUAGUAUAACCUCAGAUGAUACAAUGUACAACACUCGUCCAAUGAUAUACAUUGGUGGCUAUCCAUUUGGGUUUUUUACUUUUGGAACCACCCAUGUAACUGGAAAUGUUCAAAUGCUAAACGACAUUAAGAACUUAGAGUUUAUUGAAAGUAUAUGGAAAAAAGAAGGCUGUAAUGUACUCUGGCUUCUUCCACAGCAUCUACAAUUACUCAGAGACUGUGGGCAUCGCGCAAAAGCUAUUUUUACCGGUGGAGAUAUGCUUACAAAAGAAUCGUUAAUGCAUUCCUUAAACUUUACUGAGCAUAUACAAAUUGUUUAUGGAAGUAGUGAAGCUACAUUUUUAACUUCACGGGUAUUUACCAAAAAAAAUAUUUCUGAACAUCUUCCAAAAAUGAUAGGGAGGCCUUUUCCCGAUACAGAAUUGAAAAUUGUUGACGAUAACGGAAAAACCGUUAAUAUAGGAGAGGUUGGUAAUAUUCAAGCGCGAAAUAAAUGGAUUGCUAAAGUAAACCUGAGUGGCGAUUCGACAACGACAAAUGGCUGGCUGUCAAUGUCAGAUAUAGGUUAUAUGACACCAGAGGGUGAUGUUUUUCUAGUCGGAAGAAAUACAGAUUUUAUUAAGAAGUCAACAGUGAAGAUACCUAUCAGACAAGUUGAGGAAUAUGUCAGUCAUCACCCUAGUGUAGAAGACGUAGUUGUGGUUCCGAUACCGGAUGAGAAAGUUGGUGAACAGGUGUGUGCGUGUAUUACCACCCGAGAUAAUCACGAAUUCAAUGAAGACGGGCUUAAAAAGUUCUGCUUGGAAAUUAUGCCACAGCAAAGCGCUUUUGAUUUUGUAACGCUGCAACCAGAUUAUUUCUUACAUUUUACACGCUUUCCAUUAUUAUCCUCUCAGAAAUUUGACAGAAGGGCAAUUAAAUCAACAGCAAUUGAUUUAGUAGAAACAAAAUAUUAAAAAAUAAAUCAACCUUUUUUCAGAACUGAAUUAGGGGUAAUUUAUAGUCGGUUACUGAAAUUAACCACUAGUGAAUAUUCAUUCUUAGAAUUUAUUUCGUUACAACUCUGAAUUAGUAACGGAGCAUGUUUUAGUUCUCGAAAUUCAUCACUUAUUUUAUAUUUCUGCUUCCAAUCCAUUCAAAGUAUUCAGACAGGAAUCUUUCCAAAGCAACAUUUUAAUUAUUGUCAACUAAUUCCGACACAUCUACAUUCGUCAAUGAUUGAUAAAUUAAUUAAAAUAGCAGCCUUGAAGAAAGCAAAUGUUGAGUACAUUUCGAUUCAUAAUGCUUUUUGAAAUAUUUGAUUCCAAUAUCUUUACUAUGAUAAUUGUUACUUACACUGAUUCACAACAAUGUUGACAGAAUCUUUGACGCGUCGUACAGCUGUGCUUCAUGAUAUUUGUUCCUAUUCUCUGUGUUCCAAGUUCAAAUUUCACUGAGGACGUCGUCUCUCUUCCCUGUCACUAAUCUCUUAAAACUCCAAUGUGGAACUUCUUCCGAGCGCAUUGCUUGGAUGGUAGAGGGUUGUUGGCGCUUGCCGACGCUCCAGGUGCCAAGCGCCUUUUCUCGGUCUACGCCUCAUCUAGGUGUGAAGUGAUGAGCUGGGUGGCCUGUCUCACGCUGAAACGGCAGAGAGGAAGCUGUCUCUGAAGAGUUGGGCGGAGUUGGCGAAUGCGGAAAUCGCUUCCGUCGUCUACAACCACUUGACUGUCGUCCCUUGCCCUGCUUCGUAGCUUACUUUUCCUUUCAUUUUUUUGACCAAAAAUAGUUAAUGAAAAAGAAUUGAUAAAAAUGUAAAAAAAAAUAUAACAAUUUAAGUUGCUGGAUUGACAAAACAGCAAAACUACAGACAGUAUUCGUUCCGGCUUAUUAUUCUGAGUUCGAAUCCCGCUGUCCUACUUGGCUACUAGACUUCACCUGUCUACCGGCUUAAUACUAUCACCGUGGGUGCUUUUAGCAGAAUCCAUUCUCUGUUGGCUGCAAACAUUCGGGUCGGUUUUUCCAGUUUAAGGACAUUUGCAUCUCAUCUUUCUCGAAGGUCUUGAAACGGGUCUUUCUCUCCCACUAAAAGAUAAUGAAAGAAUACUAAUAAUUUCUUAAAUAUUGUCAUUUCAAUAAGUUUUAAGUAUGAGGAGUAUAAUCGUGCGAAUCGACAUCAAUACUUGACCGUUUCCUAUUUUACCAACCCCAAAAGAACGAACAAAAAGGAGAAAAGGCAAGACCGAUCUUUGCUGGACUUGAACUUAAAAAAAAAGCCAUAAAAUGACAGAAUCUAAUUCACCUAUGCUGACACUCAACUAGUCCUACCAAAUUGCUCGCAAGCCUAUGCAAUAACUAUGUAAGAGCACUGAGUCACAUGUUAUCACUCCAAAACCAACUGAUAUUUGAGAGGCAAUUACUAAUUUUCAGUCUAUUAUAUACUUUCAUAUAUUAUAUACUUUCAUAUAUAAUAAAUUUCCGCUGGUAUUUCUUCAAUUUCUAAUAAAAUUGUUAUUUCACUA